AUGAAAGUUCCCACCCCCGACCACGAAUUGAAGGGCCGUUGCUCCGUCAUUCACAACAACACCCUCUACGUCUUUUCCAAAAACGGUCUCCAGUAUAUCGACCUCGAGAAGGAUGCCAAAUGGCAUGCGCCCACAAGCUACACAAGCGGGGACCCUGUUCUGGUGGACGACGCUGUUUGUAUGCUAGGUGGCGUCGAGGGUAAUGAAGACGAGCAAGCCCUCUACGUCGUCGGCGGGACCGGCGGCGGCGAUUUUUACUCUGGCUUGCAGCGAUAUUCCUUCAAGGAUACAACCUGGUCAACCCUUGGCUCCGUCGGCGUUUUGACCGGACUCACUGGCCAUGGCGCUGGAUAUAUCAGUUCAAGCCACAAGAUUGUCGUGUUCGGUGGCAGUUCGUCUGGUGACACUGUUCCCGCCGGUCAGACAUUUACCAUUGAGACCGUGCCUCCAUACGGCAGUGGUUCUCAGCUCCCCCAGGGUGCCCCAAACUCCAAUAACCCCUAUCUUAUGGCAUGGGAUGCUUCCAAUGUUGCCAUGAUGGGCGGCCAGACGUCGAGCGCUGCUGUUUGGACCUUUAGCGAUACGACAGGAUGGACAACAUCAGGUGCAAGCUUGCCGUCACCAAGUACUGUGUCGGACACAACACAGCCUAUUGUGAUGGACGACUCCGCUGGUGGUAAGAUUUUGAUGACUUUCAACAUGGAUGGGUCCGCCGACUCCGUCCAGAGUUAUGCCUUGGUGAAUGAUGAGGGCAAGGCACAGGCUGCUACACCCCUCAAGCGCAGCUUAAGCGACUAUCCCACAUACAAUAGUUCAUAUGCGCCAUCGAAGAAAUGGCCGGAGUUUUCCCUCGCCCAACAGCAGGGAAUGGUUGUUGUCGCAGGUGGUAGUGGCGAUGAAACAUUGGCCAUUUUCAACCAAACCUCCAAUAGCUGGGCCAAUGCGACCGAAUUAUUCUACGGCAAGCCACAACAUACCUUGAAACAUCACACCACGACAACUUCGUUCACAUCCUCGACACCAACCUCGACCUCGACAUCCACCUCUUCCAGUUCCGCCUCUGUCACCCCAACGUCCACUUCCUCCUCCACCCCUGCCGCGGCUGCUGGUGGAAGCACCUCGCACGCUGAUUUGAAAACAAUCCUCGGUGCGACUUUGGGUAGCGUAUGCGGUGUCGCUAUCAUUCUUCUGCUCUUGCUCUUCCUCCUUCGCCGCAAGAAGCAACAGCAAAUACAAAACGGCCAGCGGCCCAAUGACAGCAAGGACCGUCUCAGCUUCCAAGACCAGGGCUUAGGCCACGACCAGGGCUUAGCACCCCUGGCUGCAGGUGCUUACCCAAUGGCAAAGAGUCCAGUCCCCUUUGCUUCCAUGUCCAAUGACUCGCUCGCCAUCAUGUCUGGCCGUGCCACCGGAGAGAAAUCUCUCAAACCACCGCCCAACAAUGGCUACGGGUUGUCAUCAAAACCUCGCGAUAGCAGCCCGUUAUCACCAAUCCCGUCCAGUGGUCUUGCGCCCUCGAGUAUGUACUCCCAGAGUUCCGAGGCCGCUGCCAUUGUCGCCGGUGGAGCCGCGGGAGCUGGAGCUGGAGCCGCAGUGGGAUCCAACAAGGCUGGUGAUCGGACAACAGACGAAGGAUGGGGCAAAUACUUCGAAGAUAAUAACGACACAUCCAAUCUCGGCAUGCCCGCUGAUCGGUCAACCGUCAGCUCGGUCUACACCAAAUCCGACUACCGCGGAAGUGCCUGGCCGAUGACGAACCUCGCCCCGAUCAACUUUGGCUUCCUCGACCAACCCAAACCACUCGGCCAGGUAUAUAGCGGCAGCCCGACAACCGAAAGCUCCUCUUCAGUCGGAAUCGGCCGCAGCCUCGCUAUCCCGGAAGCACAAUCCGCGCGGAUAUCUAGCGCCGACUCGAUUAGCCUCAUGUCGGACGAUGACCCCCACGACACAGCAUGGACAGGCGCACAUAAGCAAAGUUGGCUGGGACGACCACCCAGCAGCAAUUACAGCACCAGUUUCUAUAACUCCAGCACGCGAGAUCUGCAAAAUACCGGUUCGGGGUAUUUCCCCGAUAUGGACAACCGCCAAUCCCACGGUCGGAGGUCUAGCGUCAUCAUACCGGAUGAUAUCGAUGAGAUUCGCACACCAGGUCGCACUCAGAAUGUUAAUUCCGACAUGAGCUGGUUGAAUAUCCACGCCGACCGCUGA